UGCCUUUCGUUUGGUAGUACAAUAAAAAAGCUUCCAAGUACCACUCUAAAGCUUCGUCUGUAAUAAACUGUGAUUUUUUAGUUUUAUUUGAUACUUAUUAAAAAUCGUGUUAAUGACUAUGUAGUGUUCGAAACAAAAUAAUAAAUAAUUUUAUGACAAGUGCGAAAUGUUAAAACAAAUGAGUGCUAAAAUUUCAUAUUCUACAUAGUGACAAGCAGGCAGACAACUAUCGAUGGGAAGGUAUCCACAAAGUUAGGAAAUCAGGGUCAACAUCGAACCGCGCCGGCUAUGACUUAGGCCAUGCGAUAAAAAUGGAAGUUGUUAACUCGGGCGAAGGUCGGUACGAACAAACUGAAAACUUACAAGGAAGCCAUGCGGAGAGUGACGCCUCUAGCAGCGUUUUCGAAAGCAACGACAGCGAUCAAUAUAGUGAAGACUUAGAUAAGUUUUCCGAUGACGGCGAUCUCAGGGAAGACCUACAAAAAACAAUUCCAGAAUGUUACAAAUCAGACUCAAACUUUUCAUCACAAGCAUCAAGCGACAUCACAAACGACGAAGAAUUUCAAGCGACCGCACUCUGUCAGUUUAUGGACAUAUUGAACGAUUUAGACGAAGUUUUAGAUAAGUCUUUAUUGGCGUGUUUGGACGAUGGCACGAAGAGCUUCGACAGCGAUGAGGAAGAUCUCAUUUGCAAGAUUAAGGAAUGUAUUGGUGAAGGUUACGAGCAAUCGGAUCAGUCCGAGGCACAUAGUUCCAUGGAUGACAAUACUCAAGUAGUAACGUGCACAAACAUUCAGCCCUCCGCACCCUCUUUAGAGGAUCUAGAUAUGUCACAGAGUACAUCCGAGAGACCGCAGGUCACGACUCUUGGACGGUCGAAAAGUUUUUCAGAUCUAUCUGAAAACGACCGGCAAGCAAUGGUGACGUUGGAGAGAGCUAGCACAACGCAUGAUAAUUUACGGAACUCAAUGAGGCGAUUGGAUCCUAUCGUUCUCCCAGCGAUCACGGCGCAACAGUCCUGUGAGCCACUCACUUUACCAGUCAUAUUAUUCUUGGAGCAUAACGUGAAUAUGCGUCCAACGAGUGCGCCUAUUCAGUUACAAGUGACUGCUGCCAAUCUUAGUACGGAUGGGACGUCCGGGCCAUUGAUCGUAGGACGUAGAGCAUUGUUGAUGAAUCGCACGCUGUCCCUUCCCUCCCCCGGGGACAGCGAUAUCACCCCAGCGGAGUGGGCGAGCCAGAACACAGCCCGAAGCACUGCCAGGAGUUCGAGCACGGCGAGCUCCUCUAACGAAUCACUUAACAUCGCCCCUGUUAAUCAAGUAGCCGCCAGCACUAUUGAUGAGAGAAACGAUGAGACUGAGGAACCUCCUUUUGGAGUGUGGCCACACCGUAUGAGCGCUAUGUUAGCGUGUCUCAGCUGCACUGUGGGGAUAUUUAAUAUUUCAAGAUUUGCCAUAUUCAGUGUCGAUUUUGGAGCGAGCUUCAUAAUACAGUUUUUUAUAUUAUCGUUUUUGAUUGGAAUACCGCUGUUCACUCUGCAUCUAUGUUUGGGCCAUGUAUUGGAAGCAGGCCCCGUGGACAUGUGGCGAAUAUCGCCUAUCUUCCAAGGCGUCGGAGUGUCCUUGCUCCUCACGCAAGCCGUGAUCGGCAUGUACAGCAUAAUAGGCCUCUCCUGGAUAUUCGUGUACUUCAGAGAUGCAUUUAUAACAUCCAAUGACAGGUACAAAUGGACCCUACCGCACGAAUUCAGUUUCGAAGCAGAUGGCGUCGGUAAAAACAGCACUCACAAGAUCCAGGAGACGAUACCGCAGUACUUCCACGGGGAAGUGUUGCAGAGGAGCAUGGGGACGAACGCAUACUUUGGGACAAUAAAGUUCCAAGUGGCGUUCAACUUGGCCGUGGUGUGGAUGAUAGUGUUCGUGGCUCUUAGCAAGGGGCUGAGAUCGUACGGCAAGGCGGUAUACAUGCUGAUAUUUCUGCCGAUAUGCGGAACGCUCGUGCUGUGUACCAAAUUGCUGACACUCAUACCGUAUGACACUGUUACGAAUAUAUUUUCUGAGACUGAAUGGAGCGAGUUUUUCAUUAAUAGUAACAGUUGGGCGGCGGCCGCUCAGGAAACAUUCCUGACAUGGGGCCUCCUUGGAGCGUGUAUAAUGCAGCUAACUUCACACAAGAACGCCCAGAGCAAGACCAACGUCAUGUUGCAGAAAGAGAGUGCUUGUAUCGUAGCGUUUACCUUCGCAGUGCUUUUACUGGCCUCCUUCCUGGCCAAUACUUGCGUACAGAUACUGAAGAACUAUGGUUACGCGUAUAUACCGGGAAGUUUCGAAACAGUGAAAUUAUCCCAAUUCCUGUGGCCGCUGUCGGAGCCGUUGCCGAGCGGCGCGACGCCGGCGCGGUACAUGGGGCACUACGGCAGCCUGGUGGGCGUGACGGUGUGGCGCGGGGCCGGGGGCGCGGGCGCGGGCGCGGCGGCGCGUGCGCAGAGCGGGUGGCAGCCGCUGCAGCUCGCCACGCAGCUCGUGCCCGCUACACUCGCCGUGCUGCCCGCUAACGUCCUGUCUCCAGCAUGGGCGGUGAUAUUCUACUUCAUCCUGAUAAUGUUCGGGAUCGCGCAACAGCUGGCGAUAUGGCACUGCGUCAUCACAGGCAUCAUGGCGUUCAACGCGAAGGCGCUGCGCGUGUGGGAGACCACUAUCACCUUCCUUAGCUGCGUGUUUGGAUUGGCUAUGGGACUUCUCUUGAGUACUGAUGCCGGCAUCCGCAUCGUGCACCUGGUGGACUACGCGUGGGUGGGCGCGUGGUGGCAGGCGGCGGUGCAGGUGUCGCUGGCGGCGGGCGUGUUCGUGGUGCGCGGGCGGCCGUACGCGGCGGACGCGGUGGUGACGGCGCUGUACCGGCCGCGCGCGCGCACGUCGGCCGCGCUGGCCGCGCUGCUCAGCUUCACCUGGACCGUCGUGCUGCCCGUGCUGCUGUGUGCUAUAUGUGUUAUGGAUUUCCGAGUGGGGCAGCAACGGCAACUUUACACGUGGAGGAAACCUGUUGGAUACUGGCCAAUAUGGUGCCGACAAGUGGCAGUGCUCAUGCAACAGACUGCUCUGUUAAUUUUACCGAUCGUAGCUUUCAUACAGACGUGGAGAUACAUGAACAAAGGACCGCCUGACAUUCUAGAGCGCAUCCAGCACCUGUACCGCCCGCGCAUGGGCACGGCGAGCGAGUCGGCGCCGCCGCGGCCGCGCCCCCCCGCGCCCGCGCCCGCGCCGCCGCCCGACCCGCCGCCCAAGUACACGCCGCCGCCCUCCUACUCCACCGCCACCGGCGCGCGUCUGCUCAACACGCUGCGCAGGAGCUUCCGGACACUUAGACGGAUUACGUCCGCGCGUACCGAGCCGUCGGCCACCGACGACACAUCACAAAUCCCCAUCACGCUGAGCGAAACUGUGGACCGCGACGCCGCCGCGCAGCCGCCAGACUACAGCGGCGUGUUCACGCCCACGCUCACGCUCACCGACGAGACCGACCGGCCCCGGCCCAUCUCCUCCACCUCCAGGACCUCGCUCUCACUCACCCGCGAUUACCUCCGAAGGUCUUUCGUGCGCAAGAGCGACUCCGCCAAGAGCAUCCGCUCCAGUCUGCGCAGGAGUUUCAAAUACGGUGGCGCGUUGACCACCAGUCAUGAACAUUUGGUGCGCGAUGCAGAGCCCAUCUCGAACACGGUGGCCAUGUCCGCCAUGUUGGACACGGACAACGAGCCGCACACGCGCAGCCUUGCCUCUGUGAUAUGAUUUUUAUAGCAUCACGAAUUUGUUUGUAUCGCCGUACAUUUGGUGCGUUGGCGAUGAAGUUUUUUACGUCUGCACGGUUGAGAUGUACGAGUAUGUAGCGUUAAACGAAAUCCCUCAAGGUAGCUAUUUGUUUUGACUGUAAUUUGAACUCUGUUACUAGUUUCGUGUUAGAUUUUUAUGUUAAAAUUAUAUUUUACUUACUAAUGCUAGUUUGUAAUAAGAUUAUUAAAUUGAAGUAAUAUUUUUGUAGAUGAAUCUCAGUUAGUUACUCCACUAUUUUUAUCACGUAUUGUUAUCGUAAUUCCUCAUUUUGAAUGUGAGCACAAUGUAUGAGCCAUCAAGUUAGUUUUACAAUGAUAUUAGACUUAAUUAGGCUAGGGUUACCCUUACACAGUAUACUUAAAAGAAAUGAUAAUAACUCAGAGCUUAGAAAAUGUGAAGGCGUCGGUAACAAUAAGUUUUUAUUGAAUUAUUGUGAAAAAUUCAGACUAGAAAUGUGUUCUCGUUAUAAUAAGUUAAUGUAUGUUAUUCCUAAAAACGGAGGCUUGAAGAUCGGAGUUUUCUCGUAUUUUAUUCAAAGUUAAGCAGUCAGUAAUACAGAAUGAAUCAUUCCAUUCACUUUUGUGGAUGCCAAAUGUCGAUACUUCGUAAAUAGUAUAACCCAAGGGUGGCUAUUAUACAGUACAGUGUAUAAGUGAUGUAAUUAAAUUUGUACCAGUUAACAAGAGUAAUGCGACACGAUCUGUUCAGUUCAAUAUGGAUGUCAAGUACAAUGAAUUUAGAUCAGUAAGCAAGUCGGUUGUUCAAUUUAGAUUUAAGAGAAACAUUUUAAUUUUAUCGGCAGCUUCUGUUAGUUCCUUUCGAGCAUUUAUUGAUUGUGUUCUUCAAAAUUUUUAGUUCUAGUCACGUCACAUGCUUCCAUCUAUGAAUUAUUUUUGGAGAAACGAAACAUCACAUUUUAAUUUACGUGUCAUUUUGUAAUAUAAUUAUUUUUUCAUAUUUUUAUAGCACUUGUACUUUUUUUUCUUUUUAUUAUUUAAUAUUUUUUCUUUUUACAUUCCACUUUGUUGCGAUUAUCAAAGUUAGAUAAUAAAACAUUUUUACUCUAUA